AUGAAUGUUCUAACGCCAUUACUUCUGCUUUCUCGUUUGACAUCAGUUAAACUGAUCAUUGUGCACCACACUCCACCCGACAAAUGCGAUUUCAAUGCAACCGUAUUGCCCACACAGAAAUAUCACUUCACCAACGAUAAUUGGCCGGACACCUACGACAUGGGUGUCAAUUGCCGAUGGACGUUUAACUGUGUUGAGGGUUACGCUUGUCGAUUGCAAUGCCGUGAUGUUGGUCUGCCUGCUACUCUCGGGUGUUACAUGGACAGGCUGCUGGUCUCCACUACGAGUGAUAAGACGUUAGGUGCCCGCGUGUUCUGCGGUCGAGAGCCUAUAAACAUCAGAUCUUCUGGCACCAUGAUUACUAUGAAAUUGAUAACGAGCCGAUUUAGUCCAGGAGGAAGAUUCAGGUGUACCAUUACAACUGAAAAGUGGAGACAGCCAAUGAAAUAUGCCACAGUAGUGCCUCUCCCUAUGAAACUGCAUAGAAUAAAGUACAACAUAGAAAAAGGCACGAAAAGUCGAAUAAAUUGGCGUAUGGUUUGA